AGCACCCAGUAGAUGAUUCUGUGUGGAGGUUUUAUCUGAUAACAGUGGGCUCUGCUAACCCAGGGCACAACACCAUCACUUCCCCCUCUUCUGCCAGUAGCAGGCAGUCGUACUGUGGAGCCUCUCAUAGCUAGUUAAUAUUGGAUUUUAAAAGCAUCUGACUUCUAGUUUCUUGGAUUUAAAUCCUUGAGAAUGAAGAGUAUUUACGUAGUAUGUGUGUUGAUGGUACUGACAGUAGCUGUAUCUGGUGGCAGGAGAAACAGAGGCUGUAGGUAUUCCAAGAAAGCAGCAUGGAGUGAUUGUGAUCCUGUAACAGGGAAAAAGACAAGAACACUUCAGCCAAAGCCAAACAACCACCCAGACUGCAGUUCACCCAAAGUCCAGACAAAGAAUUGCAAUGUAUGUAGGUAUGGGGCUGCAGUUGUUGGACAGUGUGACCCAGUUAACAGGACACAGGAAGUCAGAAAAGCACUGCUUCCAGGUGUACCUACAGAACUAAGUUGUGAACCCUUCAAGAUCAAGAUGAAAAGAUGCAAGCCAAAUAAAGCAAAUUUAAAGUGCCUUUAUGGCAAGCGCAUAAUUGGAGAGUGUGACAGGGCUACAAACACUAUGUUGAUCACCUUUCCACUGCUUCCAGGACAGAACCCCAGCUGUCCAGAAAAGAGCAAAACCAAGCCAUGCAAGAAACCCAAGAAUAAGUGUAAGUACGAUAAAUCUGCUGAUUGGGACAUCUCAGCUUGUCCUCAGGGAAAUGCCACUAGGACCUUGAAUUUGAAACCAGGACAGGACACAACAUUAUGUGAACCAACACGGGUAGUGUCAGUCCGAUGUAGAAAGCAUGAAAGGAAAAUGAACAGAAAGACCAAGAAGAAGGAAAAAAAGAAGCAACGUCGACAGGAGAGGCGUCGCCAGAAUCGAAAGGACGCCAGCCCAGGAUGCAAGUACACCCAGGGGGACUGGAGUGAUUGUGACAUGACAACUGACACCAUGAGCAGAACAAUGACCCUGAUCUCUGGGGAUGAUGUUUGUGAACAGACCAUCAUUGUCAGAGGCAAAUGUAGAAAGUCUUGUAAAUAUGCACGUGGGCAGUGGGGAGAUUGUAAUCCUAGUACCAAACUGAAGGAGAGAGUGGACACCCUCAAACCUUCAGUCAGUAAGGACUUCUGUGAAAGCACCAGGAAAAUACACAAAAAGUGUGGCAAAAAAGCAAAGAAAAGCAAGAAAGGUUGUGUUUACCAGUCUGGACCAUGGGGGGAAUGUAAUGUUCUGAGUGGACAGAGAACAAAGACAAAAACACUGUCGACAGGAGAUGUUAAGAAAUGUGUACUGGAGAAAACAGUGUCCAGGCCGUGUGCAGGGCCUAGAGGUCAAGAGAGGUGUUUCUUUGGACCUUGGCAAGAGUGGGAAGAGUGCCGUAAUGGUGUGCAGCGUAAACAGAGAGAGGUCCUACAGGGAGGAGAUCAUUGUCAACGCAAACGUGUUAAAACAAGAUCAUGUACUGAGAACUCUUGAUCAAACAGUAAAACAGAUUUUAUUACAAUAAAAAAACACAGCUGUGAUGUAAAAUAAGGAUGUCAGAUUUUAAUUUUAUCAUCAAAAUUAAGGAUUUACAUAAAGAAAAUAUAAUUAUAAAUUUCUGUGUUGAAAUUAAUUUUUUUUUUUUUUCGCCAGAAAAUUUCCUUUUAUAGUUUUAUUGAAAUGAGACUUUAUAAAGAAGAUGUUUUAACAUUUUAGAUAUUUGUAGAGUUUCACAAACUGUUUUCAUUGUCACUAGACCACAGACCAAAAACCAAAACAAAGUACACUGUAAAUCAUAAAAGCAUUAAUUUGAAUUCUAUUUUUUUUUUAAAUUGACAUUGAGGAUUUAUGAUUGUGUUUGUAAAUCCUGAUAUCCUAGACCAGUUGUAAAUGGAUGCUACAUCCGGAAACAUUUUCAUACCAACUAUGUGUGAUAUUUAUCAUUGGAGAAUAAAAUGUACAAUAGUUUUGUAAACAAGGCACAUCAACACAGAUGAAAAGGUCUGUAAUGGAGAAUGGCAUUUCAUUUUUUUCAGAUAACUGCAUCAACAUUUGUUUUUUGAAGUUUCCUGUGAAGAAUGUCCUUUUAAAAUUGUAUAUUUGUCAUAUUGAUUUGCUGGAGAAGCUGUUAGACUGAUGAGUGUUUUAAAGUCAUAUGCCCGGUAUAUUUUGUUUCAUUUUUUUUCCAACUGUUUCUGUCAUCAUUUUUUUUUCAUUUCACAUAAAAACAUAUUUAACAAAACUUGCAGAAAUAGUGUUUUACUGAUUAUUUUGGUCAUUGGUAUCACAUUCUUUGCAAAAAUGUUAAAAAUUAAUUUGAUUGUAAGAUUCAGGUCAUUAGAUCUUUUCACACUUAAAUAGCACAUCUGGAUAUGUUUAGAGGAUUCAGUGUGUUUAAAGGGCCUACAUGUUAACAAUUUGAAAUCUUUACUUUGAUUUUAAGGAAAAUUCCAUGUACGAAAAAUAGAGGAAUAUUUCCACUAAGGCCAGGUCUAUGACAGAUAAGUGACUAUUGUGUAUAGGUGUGUGUCAAUUCUGAUCAAAUUUAAUAUACCAAUACAUUACAAUAUUCACUUGUCGUUCCUUUAAGUUCAGUCAUCUCAUAUGGUGAUGUAAAUUAUAAACUAAAUCAAUGUAUAUGGGAAGUGUCAUGCUAUUUAAAGGAAAUUUUUCAGUUCGCAUCAGAAAGUUUCCAUUUGCUCCUGUUGCUUCUGAGGACAUUAAUAUACAAAACACAAAUACAGCUCUUUCCAAUGUCAUUCACUUGCAAAGUGUUAACUUGAGGGUUUGGCAUUUACUCUUUUCCAUGAGAGGUUGAGAUAAAGAAUCUUUCCUCUAGGAUAUCAGCUAAAGAAUCUUUCCCCUACAAGAUGAGAUGAAAAUUCUUUCCCCAAAGAGAAGAGAUAAAAGAAUCUUUCCCCUAAGAUAUAAGAUAAACAAUCUUUCUCCAAUGAGAUGAAAUAAAGAAUAUUUCUCCUAAGAUAUUGGAUAAAGAAUCUUUCCCCUAAGAGAUGUGAUAUAGAAUCUUUCCCCCUAAAAGAUGAGAUAAAGAAUUAUUCCCUCCAGGUGAUGGGAUAAAGAUUUUUUCCUCUGAAAAGUGAAACUAUUUUCCCUAAGAGAUGCGAUAUAGAAUCUUAACCCGAAGAGAAGAGAUAAAAGAAUCUUUCCCCUAAGAGAUGAGAUAAAAAAUUAUUCACUCCAAGUGAUGAGAUAAAGAUUUUUUCCUCUGAAAAGUGAAACUAUUUUACCUACAGCUGUAAGUGAAGGUUUUUUUCAGUACCCUGUUGGCCAGUCAUAAAUGUUGUGUUGAUGUUACAGUGACGGAUAAUGCUGGAUGAAUCUUUUUCAAUUAAAAAAACAAAAGAACUGCUAUAAUUACUGAGAUAUCUAUUCAACUAUUGUAUCUAUACCAUAAUAGUCAUAUGAAAAUGCAUGUAUAUGCAAAACUAUUAUCUUUAAAAUCAAACGUUUAGUUUAACCUU